UCCCUGAACAAAAAGAACCUGGGAAACACCUCCGAUCUGAGAAUUAACAGAGUUAUUGCAGAGGUUGAUUGUGAUUUAGAACAAAAUGGUGCCGGUCCGAGUUUUCGUGCGUCGGAAAAGGAGAAGAGCUCUGUGUGCGAAACUACAGAAGCAGAACUCGUAGAAGCAGAAAAAAAAAGGGAAAAAAAAUUAAAAAAGAAUCAAAAAGGAAAAGUCCAUUUAGAAGAAAAGGACUUUGUAGAAUUAGGAAGUGUAGGCUCAGAAUAUUUCGAAAAGGAAAAUUUAACAGCUCAGGAAAAAGAAACCGAAGAUUCAGAUUUAGAGAAUGACAAAAAACAGAAUGCAGAAAUGUGGUAUGUGGAAGAUGAAAGUGGAGACUGGGAACUAGCGGGAAUAAAAAAUAUGGAACAACAAAAAGGAGAAUGUUCCAAUGUGGAAAACGAAAAUAAAGAAUGGGCAAAUUCAGAUACGGAGAGUGCAGAAAAUGAAUAUGUAAAAUUACUAAACGGAGAAAUAGACUACCCCAAAGAUGCAUUUCUAGGUGAGCAAGAUACAGGAAAGAGUAAAAAGAGCAAAUCUAAGAAAAAAUCGAAAAAGAAAUCACGGAAAAAGAAAACAUUAUAUGUGGAAGAGGGUUCAGAACUGAAAAAUGGUGAAGAAGGAGGUGCAAAAAUAGAAAACUCAGAUUCAGCAGUGUCGGAAAAAAAUCAACAACAAUCAGAAAAUAAAGAAACACAAAAAGAAGGAAAAAGGAAACGAAAGAAAGGGGGUGCAUCUAAGGAUGCGAAAUCACAGUAUGAUUCAAACAGCGAAUCUAACAUGGAAUCAUACCGUGAAUCGAACAAUGAAUCGAAAAAUGGAUUAAAAAAAAAAAGCAAAAAAAAAAAGAAAUUAAAUAAUAAAAAGAGAAGAAAAUUGGAAAUUGCAAGAGCCAUGAAAUACAUAUCAGACGGUACAGAUAUUGACGAAUCUAGAAAAGAAGAAUUAAAAAAGUCAAAAUCCUCUAAUAAAAAGUCAAAUAAUAAAGAAUAA